AUGUCAGAUUCGGAGGACGAUUUCGAGCAAGAGCUUCUGCAGGCCGUUGGUCGCGCCGGCAGAAGCGGCGGCAGAAGCGGCGGGGGAGACGGCGGAAGGAAAGGCGGAGGAGGGGGAGGGAAUAGGCGGAGCAGCAAAGGCGGUCGCAGCCGUCGAUCUGGAUUCCGUAGCUCGAGCAGCAGCGAAGACCAGCCGUCGGAUAACGAGGAUGACGAUGACGAGUACGAGGAUAUCGAGGAGCGGGAGCGCGCAAGAGGCGCGCGGGGAUCCGCCGGCGCGGAAGGAAAAACGGAUACCCGCAGCCGCGGUAACGUGAGCCCUCCGCGGGGAAGCGGCUUCCGCAGCGGUGGCGGUGGCGGUGGCGGUGGCGGUGGCGGAGGCGGAGGGAACCGCGGAGGAGGAAGGGGAAGCGGGUCGGACGAGGAUAGAAGGGCGCGCGGGAACGGCGGGGGGGAUGGGGAUUCGGACAGCAGCGGCUUGUCGUUCGGUAGCGAUUUGUACAAGGACGACGACGAUCGCGAACGGUUACAGGCGAUGAACGAAAUCGAUCGCGAGCAGAUUCUGUUCGAGCGCGACGAGAGGCGACGAAGUCACCUGGACAAACGGGAGCUUCGCAAGAAGCUUCGCCAGCAGCAGAAGCUGCACCCGCAACAGCAGCAGUCGUUUCAGCGUACCCAGGAGCGCACACCGCGUGCAUCCGCGCGAGAACCGGCGGCUUCCCCCGCAGCCCCGCCGCCGGCGGCCGCGGCGGCGGCGACCACGCCAGAACCGGCGGCGCGCGGAGCGCCAGCAUCGGGAUCCGCUCCGGGGUCGGCGGGGGGGGCGUCGUACACGCCGCCGGGAUCGGCGGUGGCGCGCGCGCGGGGGUUCGGCGGCGUGGAGCGCAGCCGCAAGGAGGACGCGCUGCAGCAGCUGGAGGCGAAGAAGGCGGCGAAGCAGCAGCGGCGGAACGACCUCGACGCGGAUCGGGGCGGGGAUAGAGAUGCUUCCGACGAUGGCGGAAGCGACGAUGCGCUCGCGUCCCGCGGGAAGCCGCCCGCGCCCGCAGACGCGAAGCCUCCCCCCGUGUAUCGCAUCUGUGAAGUGGUGGCUGUGGAUGCCAAAGACCCCUCCAAGCAGUACAAGUUCGAGGGGCGCAUGACGUGCAAGUUCCUGGACUGCAAGUGGGGCGAGCACAGGGCGCGCUGGCAGAUGGCGCGUGUAUCUGACAAGGCCGCCACGACUCAGGAGAUUCUGCAGCUGUUUCGGGAGAUAGAGCGUGCACACCUGCACAGGGUGACCAAGGCAGCGGUGCAGGAGAAAAAAGCGGAGCUGGAGUCAGUGAGGGGUUAUGUGUACUCGGCAGAGGUGGUGGCGAGCAUGCUAAGGGAGAAGCGAGCAGCGGCGGCGAAACCGAAGCUGGUGGUGAUGGAAAGGGAGAGGGUGCGACUGGAUAUAGCCGCUGCUGAACAGAGGGGGGACUUGGGAGCGGUCGAGCAACUCAAGGCAGAGUUGGAGAAGCUGGAGAGGAUAGGGGAGGACAAGGGCGAGGCGAACAAGGGCAGGCGAGAGGUGGACCUGGCUAGGAUGAACAAGCGCAACCGGCAGGAAAACUUUCGAACCGCCACCAACGCCCCUGCUGGUGCCACAGAGACCAAGACAGGAGAGGCGGCUGUGGAUCCCUUUAUUCGCCGGUGGACCCGCUCCCAAAACUACUACAAGAGCCCCGCCGCCCCCUCUGCUGCUGCUGCUCCCUGGUCUGAUGACGAGGACGAGGGUGCUGGCAAGGAUGGGGGAGGGAAGAGCAAGGACGGGAAGGGUAAGGAUGGCAAGGGCGAGAAGGGGAAGGAGGGAAAGGAUGCGGAUGGGAAGGGUGGAGGAGUGGAGGAGGAGGAGAGGGAGAAGGAGAAGGAGAAGGAGAGGGAGAGGCAGUUGGGGAGCUGGUUGGGGCAGCAGUUGGACGAGCGGGCAAAGCAGGUGCUGCGGAAACACGCCUUCGACAUGGACAUAGAUCUGAGUGUGGUGGACAAGUGGGGGGGAGCAGGGGCAGCGGCGGCGGCGCAGAGGGGGAGUGUGGGGCCGGCGGUAUGGGAAGCGGCGUUUCUGGCACGCAAGAGGCAGCAGGAGGCGCUGUAUGGGGCGCCGAUUGGCGUGGCUGUUGGGGAGACCCCGCGGGGGCUCAGGCUGCUGACUCUUAGCGAGUAUAAGCGGCGGCGAGGGCUGCCCUGUGACUGA